GCGCUAACACAAAAUUUUUCAGGGGCUAUCGCAGAAUUAUCCCAACCUCCUCCACUGAAAGUAUUUUGUUUGUCGUUUUAUCAGCAGUAACUAAACCACCUCAGUACAACCAUGCCGAAAGAAAACAAGAAGAGAGGUCGGAGGCUGAAGGAUAAGCCUUACAAGAAGGAGGAUAAAGCUGUUGAGGCUCCUGCUGAGGUUGAGGAAAAGCACGAGUUUUCACGGGAGCAGGAGGGAUCUGAAGAACCUACUCCUCAUCCCCAGGCAUUUUACGGAUUGCUGGACAGUACCCAGAUUGAAUACUUCACGCAAGCCACUGGAAUCAUCGAUGCGAACACAUUCUCAUCCGACGAAGAGCGGGAUCAACUCUAUGAUGCUUUGUGGAACGAAUGUAGUGGGAUCGAGCUAAAGGUUGUGACUGAUCCCACUGGAUCGAAAGUUUUUGAACGCCUACUUCUCGUCGCCUCGAAAGAGAGGCUGCUAGAGACGUAUCAGGCGUUCGCUUCCAGAGUUGCCGAGCUUGCCACUCAACGAUUUGCUAGCCACUGCUUGCAGACGUGGAUUAAUCGAUCAAGAGCGUUGGUUGACGAGGAGAUGAAGAGCAAUCCAAAACUUGCGGAAGUCAGUGUAGUGCAGCCUGAAAAGACUCCAAUCAUCUCCAAUAUCUUGGACAUGUAUACGGAAAUCAAACCUGAGAUUUAUCGCGUUGCUUUCCAUCCGUUCGGGUCACAUGUGUUUCGCACCCUUCUCCUUGCCCUCUCCGGUACCGCUAUCGAAGAGUCAACAGCCAAGUCAGUGAUGAGCAACAAAAAAGUGCUGGGUGCUAAAAAGAAAACAGCUGUUGACAACUCGGACAAGAUUUUUUAUGAAUCAUAUGAGACCCCUCUGGUCUUCAAGGAUGCCGUGCUAGAUGUUCUUGCUGCGAUGCUGGACAGACUGACGACUGACGAGGCACGAAGAUUAGCCUCCGAUCCCAUCUCGAGUCCCGUUGUCCAGCUGAUUAUCGAAAUCGAAGACAGUCUGAUGCGCAAGGAUAUGCUUAGCAUAAUCUUCCCCACCACAUCGGGAGAGCUUGAUUUUAUCACGGUUUCUUAUCUCGAGAGCCUUCUGAGUAGCUCUGUCGGAUGCCACUUCUUGGAAAACAUAUUACAUAGCUGCCCCAUCUCCUUUGUCGAUUACCUCUGCUUCUCAUUCUUCGUCCCUAGACUAGACAUUGUGUACAAGGCGCAGGGAUUUAGCUUUGCCGUUAAGGCCAUCAUGGAGCGACUUAAUAAGUCGAACACUGCUGCAUUCGGUAAGGCGUUGCUUGCGCGCGUCAACGACUUAUCUUUACCCAACAUCAUAAUCCUGAAUAGCAUUAUCAUUGCCAUCUCAAGACACUCUGUUCUGGAACAAGAGCUGUUGCAGAAAAUAACCAACAUCUCGCCAAAAGACAACAAAAACUUCCUCCUGGCGUUACUGGAGAUCGAUGACUACGAGUCUAUCACCGAGACUCAGAGAAGUCGACUAAAUGAUAGUAUCAAGCAGAGAUCCUUGUUUGUCGAGAGCCUCAUCACCCACGUUCCCGAACUAUCAACCAAGAUAGUCGACGCUUUCAUACAGUUCCCCGAGUCUGCCAAGCUGAAAUUUAUGCAGAACACUGUCUUUGCGCAUGUUGCAGAGUCGAUCUACAAGAAAUCGGAUCUUCCUCUCGUCUCCCGCAAACGUCUGAUGAACGAUCUCGAUGGCCACUUUGUGGAACUGUCCUGCGGUGCCGGAUCCUCUAGAGUUGUCGACGCGUGCAACAUCACGACAGCCCAGGGAAUGAAUCACUACAGAGAGAAAAUUGCAAAGGAGUUUAUGGCUGGACGCGAGACUUUGAUGAGAAACCCUUACGGGAAGAUCGUUUGGCGGAAUUGGAAUAUGGAUAUGUACAAGCGUGAUUUUGGGUCUUGGAAGCAUAAUCAGCGGAGAUAGAUGUACAUCAAUAUUCCAUAUUGAUUUGAAGUGUGGUAAUGCAGAUAGAAUAUUGAAGAUGGACGGCGUUA